CUUCUUAUAUCGUCUACAUUUUUCUAAUCAAGAAACCACGAUUUUCCUUAAUUUUGAAAAUUUUAAGGGAGGGUGGCUGCUACCGCCACUGAAGUCGUUGCUGGUCUUUUCUCUUCUGAAUGUCAAUGUUCACGAAAAUGUCAAGAGAUAAAAUACCGUGCGUGGGUAAUCCGACGUGUUUUUUCGGAAAAUAUAACAUUAACGCAAUGGUUUUUAGUUUCUACAAAAUGGCGGAAAACGUAAACGUCCCCGGGUUACUUCGAACAAGUUUGUAGAAGUCAUGUUCUGUAACACGUGAGUGUUGCGAAAGAAACUGAUAAUGAUGAAAACAGCCAUGGAGAGGAUAGGGAUAGUAGGAGCUGGAAUGACGGGCGCCACUGUGUCCUCUCUACUGAGAGCAGAGUGUGCAGACAGCAAGUUGUUGGUCCUCGACAAGGGCAGGGGUGUAGGCGGAAGGAUGUCUACCAGUCGUUGUGUGGAGGCAAAGAGUUCUUCAGUAGAUUUGGGGGCACAGUACAUAUCAAUUACAGAGGCAUACCGAGAAAAGCAUCAGAGAUUCCAUAACGAGUUGAUUUCAGCUGGAGUUCUAAAGAACCUGACUUGUGAAAUUGAAGGGGAGAGAAAUCAGGAUUCAUCCGUCACCCACCAUGUCGCUCCAGAAGGAGUUAGUUCCAUUGUCAAGCAUUACCUCAAUCAAUCAGGGGCAGAACUUCACACGUCUCAGCAUGUAACUCGUGUCGAUAUCAAAGGGGACAAAGUGGAGCUGAUGAGUGACAGCGGUGUGUCGUAUCAGUGUGACUCCGUGGUGCUGACCAUGCCCGUCCCCCAAAUUCUGCAACUCCAGGGCUCCAUAGCAGAAAUUUUAAACUCAAAGCCUGAUGUGAAACGGAACUUGGAGGACGUGUCUUACUCCUCGCGGUUCGCUGCAGGGCUCUUCUACAACCCCAGCACCAAUCUGAACUAUUCCUGGGCUGGAAAAUACAUCACAGGGAAUCCCUGUGUUCGAUUUGUCAGCAUUGAAAACAAGAAACGGAAUUUGACUGACUCUGAGCUUGGACCCUCUGUGGUUGUCCACACCAGUGUUCCCUUUAGUUUAGAACACCUAGAGGAAGACAAGAAUGCGAUAGUUCCCACAAUCCUUCAGCACCUCCGAGACGUGUUGCCAGAGUUACCUGAACCGACUGAGAUCAAAGGUCAUAAAUGGAGAUUCUCACAGGUUCAUAAAGCUUACGUGAACAGUCCAGGCUGUGUGAUUCUAAAUGAGAGACCGUUAAUCAUUUUGGCGGGUGACGGGUUCACUCACUCCAAUAUGGACGGAUGUAUAGAGUCUGCAAUCUCCACAACAGAAGCCAUGCUGAAAGUGCUAGCCAGCAAGUCUAAUAUCUAGACACCGAAGACUAAUUAUUCAGAAUUGAGAAAAUGAUUAUGAUUUUGUCACUGGAGGGUGUGUUUGUUUGUUUGUGUGUUUAUAUUCCUCUCCAACUCAGUAUUAAGAGCAUGAUACACUGUCACUUUAUAAUAAUGUACAUGUAAUGUGGGCCAAUUCAAAAGAAUUUUUAUUUUACUCACUGAAGUGGAGAUCAAGUAAAGUUGCCUGUACCUAAAGUCGUCUAUUAAAUUUUUAUCUUUAAUCGACGCCUUCAGAUUCAGUAUGCUACAUGUAUUUUAAACUAAAUUUAUCGCUACAAGAACCAUUUGACUAGAAAAGACUCAUCCUUAGUGAAGAUUACAUUCAUGCUUGGACCACAGGCAAUCAUAUUACUUGUAUAAGAAUUUACUACUCUGUAUUGGUAAAUUUUAACUCGGGUGAUUUAACUGCCUGUGGAUUGGACUAAAAAUCUUCAAAAAAAAUAUUUUUCAAGAACCACAAGUGUACACUUAGUCUAAUUAACGUUUUAAAUAAAAGUAUCCUCAUGUAGUGUGUAGAUUCAAGCAAAUUACCCCCAGAAAUUGGGAAAAACAUUCAAAUGAACAGUGAAUACCAAAAGCAUCAAUAUUUGUGGUAAAAUGGUUAGAUGAUGAAAAUAUGAAGACCCAAUCAAUACAUAUUUUGAAUUUUCAUGGAUUGUGUGUUGUUUUAUAUUUAUUAUUAUGGGAGGCAAAGUGUGCUAUUAUUGAAAUGGAAUGGGGAAAUUUUAUGCAGUGAGACAAAUUAAUAUAUGUACUUGAAUAAAUGAUUCAUUUAUAAUUUUAUUUUUUACAUUGAUAUAAUAUGUUUGUUAUAGAGAUGUAGUCAGACUUUGUCAAACACAUUUGUAUGUAUAUGAAUUGUAAGGUUAUGCAUAAGUAUAAAAUUAUGAAAAUUA